UUUAGUCUCCGAGAUUGCCUCUGAUUAGCACCGUUUUAGCACUCAUGGAAUGCGCCGUUGGGGCCAAUGAGAAGGCUGGAUUUGGGUUCCCCUGGUUCCACUAAUUGUAAGUUUCUCUCUGGGCACAUUUUCAGUCUUCAGAACAUUCCCAAAGGCCAAGACUGAGCCGAGGGGGUUAAGGCUAAAAGAGAUUUCUUGCAGCGAGUGGUAUUGGAGGGAGUUGCUCAACACUUCUCAUUUAGCAGGCUGCUACCAAAAAAAAAAAAGUAUGAAGAUACAUUAGGUUGCAGACCCGAAGCUCUUCCUUCUUCCUUUGAAUGCUGCCAGGUCUUCAGACGCUCGAUCCAGGUAUCCCCACACUUUGAAUGAUUUUGACAUAAUGACCGCGGAAGAUUCCACAGCUAGAAUGAAUAACGAUUCUUCCAACAUGCCCGCAAACAAAGUGCCUGAGGGUGUGGCUGGCACACCUAACGAGGCUGCGCUGCUCGCACUAAUAGAGCGCACUGGAUAUACCAUGGUUCAAGAGAAUGGGCAGCGCAAAUACGGCGGGCCACCUCCAAGCUGGGAAGGGCUGCAUCCCCCUCGUGGGUGCGAAGUCUUUGUUGGUAAAAUUCCUCGUGAUGUCUACGAAGAUGAACUGGUCCCUGUUUUUGAAUCUGUAGGACGAAUCUAUGAAAUGCGCCUGAUGAUGGACUUUGAUGGGAAAAAUCGUGGAUAUGCCUUUGUAAUGUACACUCAGAAACAUGAGGCCAAACGUGCUGUCAGAGAGUUGAACAACUAUGAAAUCCGCCCUGGCAGGCUGUUAGGGGUGUGUUGCAGUGUCGAUAACUGCCGGCUGUUCAUUGGAGGAAUCCCCAAGAUGAAAAAAAGGGAAGAAAUUUUAGAAGAGAUCUCCAAAGUGACGGAAGGAGUGCUAGAUGUCAUUGUAUACGCCAGUGCAGCAGACAAGAUGAAGAACAGAGGAUUUGCCUUUGUAGAGUAUGAAAGCCAUCGAGCGGCAGCCAUGGCAAGGAGGAAGCUGAUGCCGGGUAGAAUCCAACUUUGGGGCCACCAGAUUGCAGUUGACUGGGCAGAGCCUGAAAUAGAUGUUGACGAAGAUGUCAUGGAGACUGUGAAAAUCCUGUAUGUGAGGAAUUUAAUGAUCGAAACCUCAGAGGAUACAAUUAAAAAAGUCUUUGGACAGUUCAACCCUGGCUGUGUAGAACGAGUUAAAAAAAUACGAGAUUAUGCCUUUGUACACUUCACAAGCCGGGAAGAUGCCGUUCAUGCCAUGAAUAACCUCAGUGGCAGUGAACUGGAAGGGUCGUGUCUGGAAGUUACCUUAGCCAAGCCAGUAGAUAAAGAGCAGUACACUCGCUACCAGAAAGCAGCUCGAGGAGGAGGAGGAGGAGGAGGAACCACUGAAGUUGCUCAGCAGCCGAACUAUGUUUACUCUUGUGAUCCCUAUACACUAGCGUAUUAUGGAUAUCCAUACAACGCUUUGAUUGGUCCAAAUCGAGAAUAUUUUGUGAAAGCAGGCAGCAUUAGAGGCAGAGGACGAGGUGCAGCAGGCAACAGAGCCCCUGGCCCGAGAGGCUCGUACCUGGGGGGAUAUUCUGCAGGCCGUGGCAUAUAUAGCAGAUAUCAUGAAGGGAAAGGAAAGCAGCAAGAAAAAGGAUAUGAGCUUGUUCCUAAUUUGGACUUGUCUACGGUCAGCCCAGUUGCCCUUAAGCCUGGCACAGUGGCAAUUCCGGCUAUUGGCACCCAGUAUUCCAUGUUUCAAGCAGCUCCAGCAGCUAAGAUGAUAGAAGACGGGAAAAUCCAUGCCAUGGAGCACAUCAUCAGCCCCAUUGCUGUCCAGCAGGACCCGGCUAGCGCAGCAGCUGCAGCAGCAGCAGCCGCCGCUGUGAUCCCGGCUGUUUCGACCCCUCCUCCUUUCCAGGGACGCCCCAUAACUCCUGUGUAUACCAUGGCUCCGAAUGUGCAGAGAAUUCCAGCGGCAGGAAUCUAUGGUGCCAGUUAUGUCCCAUUUGCUGCUCCGGCUGCCACAACAGCAACAAUAGCCACUCUACAGAAGAACGCUGCUGCCGCCGCCGCCGCUGCUGCCGCCUAUGGUGGAUAUGCCGGCUAUAUCCCUCAAGCAUUUCCAGCUGCAACGAUCCAGGUUCCAAUCCAUGAUGUGUACCCAACCUAUUGAGACCACUGGCCAGUGUCGGGGGUGGGCGGGUUGGAGGGUCCCGCUGAAGGAAGAUUUUACUAUUUAUGAAGAAAGAACCGACUGCAGAAGAGUAUGUUUGGAUGUCAGUCAACUGAUGACAGAACCUGGAACAGAAGUUUAUAUCAAAUAUAUAUCAUAAUGUUUGAAAUCUUUUAUACAUAUGAAGUUUUUACUAACUUUUUAGGCUAUUCAAAAAUGUUUAAUAUUGCCUGUAUUCCUACAUUUCUAAAAUGGCUCAUUUUCAAGGCCCAUUUCUCUAUACAGGUUUAUACAAAAUAGUGGAUUUUUUUUAGCAAUUAUUUUCAAUAUAUUUGUGGUAUGAAGGUUAUUUUUUAGUAAGUUCUGCACUCCAGAGAUUUCUAUUUUGUAGUGCCUUUAAUAAUAUAUCAACUAAAUAUUAAAAAGUUCACCUGAGCAGCUAGGGAAAAGUUUUUAAACAAUAUAUUUUGAAGACUAUAUCCAAUAUUUAAAGAAUACAUGCAAUAGAUUUAAAAUAUAUAUAUAUAUAUAUUUACACAAAGGUGUGUCUUAUUUAAAAAAAAAGUUAUACUGGAAAGUGCAAUUUUGAAAGUGACAGACCUCUGCCUUAUGUCCUAGCAUUUGUAUGGUUUCUUUGUUAGCUAGAUCCAUAAAUAAACACCUUUUGUUAAUAAAGAAGCCCCCACAGAUUAGCUUACGUUAAACUGUGCUUAAUGUUAAGAGAAGUUUUUUGCACUUCCAUUCAGUCAUCUUUCAUAUAUAUCAGCUUCUCAGACUCUGAACCCACACACAUGCACGCACACACAUCAUUUAUAGUUCAUGAAAAGAUUAUUCUUGUUUUAUUACAGGAAGCAUAAGUUUGUAGAACUGUAUGGCAUCUCUACACAUGUGAAUACUAAAAUUAUGUACAUUCCUCAAAAAGCCUAUCUGCAGAGGUACGUUUUAGUGCUCUUCCCUUGAUGGAAAUUAGAUAUUUUCAGAAGUUUGUUAUCCCAAAGCAACAAUACCUUGGGACUGUGUGCUAGUAGGGAAGUAUCAGGUACUUAACCACUCUCUCUUAUGACAGUCUUAGUGAAACAUGUGUGUAUAUCUGUGGGAACGAACUCCCUGUUUGUGUUGUUGACACUUGAGAUUCCACAACUGUGUGUGUUCAUCUCUUCUCUCCCCAGUCUGUUAGAUGUCAGUGUGUGCCAUCAAGCUGCAGCUGACGUGGCAGCCCCAUCAGGGGGUCGUCAAGGCAAGUCGACAGGAGAGGCAGGUUGCCGUGGCCUUGCUCUGCAGAGCAACCUCAGUUUUCCUUGGAGGUUUGAUCCAGCUUCGCUUCCAAGAUCUGCCAAGAUCGGGCCACACCAUGCUGAACCACUCCUCCUAUGAGCCACUAAAACCCCUUAAACCUUUAAUUGGCAAUGUUAUCACUGAGUAGGAGGUUGCUGGACUUUUAUAUCAAAAGCCCUCUUCCUCGGGCCGAAGGGUGUCCGUGGUGAUCUUCAUUACUUCUUGCACAUUUCUAGUUAGAAUGGCUGUUGAGAAGUGAAGACAGUCUGUGUUUAUGUGAGGAAAGGAACAUCACUGUAAGUUUUUUCUCUGUUUCGAGCAAGCAAGAACUCUAUAGAUCAAAUGCAGGCAUGCUAACAUCUUCACAGAUAAAUGUAGGGUUUUUCAGCACCUGAGCCCAAAAAUCUUACCUACCUCUGCUAUCCCAUCUAGAAUGUUAGCAUCUUGGUCAACUGCUAGAACAAAACAAACUCUGGCUGAGUGUUUCUAUGGUAACGUGGCUCUCACACAUGCAGUAAGGAGUCAAUGCUGGGGUGACCAAAUAGUUGUCCAUUAUAAGUAAGACUAUUUGUUAGGGCCUGAAUUAAGCAAUAUUGAGGCUCCACGCACUGUCAGCUUUAACAGGCUCUCGUGGCAUUAAAAACAAAAUGGUAAUUUAGGGUGUUUUUUUAAUGGUAUUCAGAGGUCCUUCAUAAUCUGUGGCCCUAAACUCUAGCUUCCUUGGUGGAAAGGGCCAUCAACUUGUAGCCAACUUAUGACAAGCUCUGCUGGUGUUUUCAAGGCAAUAGAUUAACAGAAGUUUGCCAUUGCUUGUCCCUGCAUUGCUUGUUUCCACAGUACUCACCUUCUUCUGGAACGGGGCGCAACGUCAUGAAAAAAACGCAGAAGAUAGCGUCUUCUCAUGCGGGUUUUGCACGACGUCACCCAAAACUUGUGUGAGAAGACGCUAUCUUUCGCUUAUUUUUUCGUGACAUUGUGCCCCGUUCCGGAAGAAGGUGGGUAGUGUGGAAACGGCCCUGGUCUCCCAUCCAAUUACUAACCAAAGCCAAACCUGCUUAGUUUCUGAGAUCUGACAAGAUUGGACUGGCCUGGCUGGGACAUAGGAAGCAGCAGCCUUACAGUCACUCGACACGUCGCUUCUUUUACGCGUUCUGCCCGGAGCCAACCCGUGCUCUGCACAGACACGCGUCACCUCAGGGACUGGCUUCUAUAAAAAAAGAAAAGCAUGCAAAUGGGCUCAGAAAGUGGCUGCUUGGGGCAGGAAAUCUGCCUUUCUCUCAAGCGUUUUUCCCUGUGCAAAAACAGAGUGGAGGGGAGUCAAUUCUCCAUUUCUCCUGCUGCACGUGGAGAGGUAUUGGCUGCACGUGCUGCAUCAGAAAGGGGAAAACUCUCCUUCCCUGCAUUGUUUUUUUGGGGGGGGGGAAGCUUGGGAGAAAGGCCGCUUUCUGAUCCCAUUUGCAUGCUUUUUUUAAAAAGAGAAGCCAAUCCCUGAGGUGGCGUGUGUCUGUGCAGAGCACAGGUUGGCUCCAGGCAGAACGCAUAAAAGAAGUGACGUGUCGAGUGACUGUAAGGCUGUUAGUGACAGGACAUUUUUGAGGUCAUUCAUUCAUAGGGUCAUAAGUUGGAAACAACUGGAUGGCACAUCACACACAAAAGUUAUUUCGUUUGAAAUCAAUCUCUGCUAUUUGUACUCAGCCCUAGAAAAAAAAUUUGCUAUAAGGAAACACAAAUAUUCCACUUCUGUUCAGUACUGAGUAUAAUCUUCGACAGGGACGAAGAAGUAGGCAGCCCCCUGAAACCGUGUAACUUACGCUGCAAUCCAGCUGGCUUGUGAGAUUCCCUGAGGCAUUGCCCACACUCUGUUGAGAGAGUUUUGCAGUUGAAAGGAGGGCUGCUGGGCUCAGCCUCCUAAUCUGUUAGGCUUUUUCUGCAUAUGAGUGGAAUCCUGGCACAUAGGCUCUCACCCAAUGGAAGUGGCCUUCAAGAAGUAACUGCAGCUGGGCACCAUCGCCCACUCCAAGCUCUUGCGUGUGCAAAGAUGCAAAAAGGGGAAAGAAGCUGUUGGUUCCUUACAGACUGGAGAGCUCUUGGAAUUUCAGGUAGGUUGCCAACGUCCAGGUGAGGCCUGGAGAUUUCCCAGGUUUAUAACUGAUAUCCAGAUUUCAGAUCUCCGUUUCCCUGGAGAAAAUGCCUGGUUUGGAAGGUGGACUCUGUGGCAUUGCUCUCUGCUGAGGUCUCUCCUCAUACCUCUCCCUCUCCAUCUCAGAUCUCCAGGAAUUUCCCAAUAUGGCGUUGGCAACCCUACUUGAAUUCUAUCUUCCUUUCCCUCACAAUGUAGCUGUGAAUAUUCAUGAUGUGAAAAAGCUCCAUCAUCCAGUAUAACAUCUAGUCUCAAAUGUUAAUUAUUUUAUUCUCUUUAAAAGUAUGCUGUAGAAACAAUGAAUGUUCGCUACUGUAGUGCACAACCAAAUAUGCUGUGGUUGGAAGAAAUACUAAUUUUUUUUUUUAGUAGCAUUAUGUUUCAUGAAAAAAAAACCUCUGGUAAGAGGCUAAGUAAAUACAGUACUGAGAGGUUUCUUCUCUUGCCUUAUUCUUCUUCCCACACACACUUCAUGUUAAUGGUAGUUCACGCUGCAUGCGCAUCGGGAAAGGAAGAAAUUGGACCACUGAGUUUUAAAGAAACUGUUUGUAAAUAACUUCAUAUGUACAUUUUUGAAGUCAUUGUAUUUUGCUCUUGUACACGGUUACGUGGCCUGCCGCAAAACCAGCAUUUUAUUUCAAUGUUGUUAAAUAGAAGUUUUUUUAUGUUAAGUAAUAUUAUUGCAGUGUUUUUGUGGCCUGUUUAAAAUCUUUUUUUAGUAGAGCAAUGAAUGCAAAAUACAAUUAAUGUUGCAUCAGUUGUGACUCGUCUGCUUUACAACGUGCACCGGAAGUGCCUAAAUCUUUUGUUUUGUUGAGUCUGCUGUGCAAUAGGCAACUUUUGAUGCUGGGUGGAAUCCAAAGGUCCGAAAAUGUACUUUCUGUGCACAUGCUGAGGUAUUAGCAUUCCCCUGUUAAACAUAACUUAGUCUAUCUUUAAAUAAAGAAUAUGCAUUUAUAUGCAAUUUGUCAGAUGUUAGAAACUGAGCAGGCCUUCCUCACAACAAAUGUUUGAUCAAUUUAAUAUUUUAAAGAGUAUCUUUUUCCAUGAAAAAUGAUGAGAUAACUGGAUCUGUACACUGGAAGUGCUAUAGAAAUAAGUAGUAGCGAUUAUUCUUCAAAAGGAUGGUCCUUUAAAAAUGUUCUAUUACUCGAAUUAUUGCUAUACCCUACCUCAAAGGGCCACCGUUACUACUGCAAUAUUUAUAAAGAACAAGAUUGUUUGAAGUGGGCAAGCCAAAAAGCCUUGUCAUUCCUGGAACCCACAAUCCUACAACCGAGAGAAAAUAUCACAUCCUAGUAUGUUCUGCUUCUCCAUUCAGUGGUCAACCUGGGCCUGGGCUGUGCUCUCAGACUUGCCUGACUGAAUACUCCUGUAUCUGAAGCCGUCAUCUCCACACAGAUAACAAGAGACUAGAGAGAACUAGCCCAGCUGCUGUGGUGUGGUAGGCAGCGCACUCAGUGGCUCAGAAGGCGCCCACGGCUCUUUGGCACACUGCCUGUGGCUCUUCUGAGCCUCGUUCCUCAGUGUGGCACAUGCCCUGUGCUUCAGGAAAGCGGGAAAGUCCCUUGCCCGGUGGGCUUGUGGUUGGCCAGAGGUUCCCGCCUUGGAACAGUCACUGCUAGAGGAACUGGUAAGCUGUGAGUCUCCCUGAUAUACAGACCUGUUAGCAUGGGUGGAAAUAGCAGCAGUAGGUUUAAUUGUAUAUGGCCAAAGGCCAUCACAAUACAAAGUUAAAAAACAGUAAAAAUAGAAAUCUAUCUUACAAGCAUAAAAUACAGUUAUUAAAAUAAUAAAAAUAAAAUACAAUUAAAAUGGGACCUUAAUAAAUACCAGAUAGUUAUGAGAAAAGUUAGGUUUCCGAGGAAACAAUCUUGCCCCUAAUCUUUUUUGCAGCUAAAUAAAUGUGGCCUUUUGGUUGAUGGUAAUUGUGAAAGUGGCUUUUCACAAGCCACGGACUGAGUACCACUAGGUUAGUGUGUCAGAUUAGGACAAGGAGGAAUGAGGGUUUCAAAUCCCGUCUCAACCAUCAAGCUCAGGGCCAAGCGAGAAGUGAGGGCGAGUUACGCUGGAAUGGCAAGUGAACAGACUCACGUCACGUGUGUUCCUCAGUGCAUGACCACGGGCCAGUGACCCACUUCCCAGCCUCAUCUACCACUGACAGUGAUUACGUUGAAAUGGAGAAGGAAAGAACGCUCUCUUCUGAGCUGCUUGGAGGAAAGAUGGGAUGAAAAUGUGAUAGGUUCUCCACACUGGUUUUCUGUUUGAAAGGGAGGCUGGUUUGGUUUUGUCUGGAGGAGCAGGCAUUUAAGUAAAUCUGCACCCUCAGGUAGGUCUCCCCAGGCAACGGUUUAACAUCCCAGUACUAACCAAGCCCCUCCCAGCAGUUUGGAGUGCCCCCCCCCCGACACACGUGCAGAGAGCAGCGUGUGUGUGUGUGGAGGGGGGAGACUGCAUCUCUUUUUGAAGUGCUGCUUCUUGAAACGAUUUUUAUCUAGCCCCUGUGGCUGAGCACAUUGCUUAUUCCUGUUCUGUCUCCUUCCACAAUCCUGUGCCGAGCAGAGUGCAGCGUCAGAAGGCACAAGAAAAGAGCACAGAGCAUGGUGUGUCUCUGGAGGGGUUAUUUCUAAUCUCAGAUAGGCAAAAUUCUGGUUUUGAAUCUUACCUAAAGAAGUGGGCUGCACCAGCAGCUAACCAGGUACCUUUAAAAAUAAACACGAAGAUUUUACUGUAUUUUACAUACCUACAUGUAGUGUCUGUAACAAAAAUGGAACUUAAAAGAAAUACUGGACUUUUAAAAAAAAAGAAAAUCGUGCUUGCCCAUAGGAACUCCAGACAGGCAUAAAUGUACCGGCUGCAGCAGCUGGUAGUUGGUUCAUCAGAGAUGUCAAGGCACUACUGAAACCAUGAAUUUGUGGUCUGGCUUUAUAAGUUUCUAAACCAUUUCAUUUAUACACUACUGAGACAAGUUUAUGACUUGAAAUGUGAACUUUUUUGUAGGUUAAGAACAAACUAUUAAAAAGAUAUAUAUGUAUGUUUGCCUUCUUUUCAGAUGUGCUGUUAUUUUUAGGUGUUUUUGCUGUAUUUUGUUCUUUGUGUUCUUUAUUGUUGCUGUUCCAUUUAAAAGUACUUUGCUAGGAAGUAGUAAAUAAAACAUGCCUUAGAUGGAA